AUGGGAAGGCAUAAGCUGCCCGAGAGGGAUAGAGGUGCAAGACAACCAUCAAAUCAUAAGCACAAGCACAAAGGGAAUAAAGCUGGCAGCGAAAAGGCUUCUUCUUCCGGAGUUUCUGGUGUUCAUUCAGCAAAUGCAUGGGAAGACGUCAAAUUCGAGUCCAACGAUCGUAAGGAAAAGUUUCUACGAUUAAUGGGCGCUCAAAAGCAGCGAAAGCAUACAGGCGGCAUUCAGAUAGGUGAGAAGACAGUCACUCACGCACGCGCUGGGGUUGGUGUCGAAGAAAUCGGUAAAAACCUGGAGCGACAGUUUGCUGAGGGAAUGGAGUACAAAUCCUCCUGGAAUCGUCACGCAGGCCUUGGUUGUUCUAAUGAGAGUUCUUCUUCCCCUCUCCGAAAUGCCCCUAUUCAACCUGAUAGGGAUGAGGAAUCUACAGUUCUAUGUUCAGACAGUAAAUAUACGGUGAAAUUUGUAAAAAGUUCUGAUCAGUAA